AUGCCGUUUCAGAUCUUCAGCUUAAGAGAAGUAGAUCUCAUAAAAGAAUAUAGCAAAUGGAAAGACGUAGCAAAACAAAUCCGCAAUAUUUUGAACCAAGUUGAAGGGAAAGGCUUCAAAAACUUACAAAAAUGGAAAAUAUAUCUAGACAAAGAACUUGCCUUGGUUCUUGAAAAGCAGUACAUAAAUUCUUUGGACAGUUUGCAUUUGUAUUUGCCGGAAAUCUACGUUGAUUUGACAUACAGGAAUUUGAACUUGGAGUACUCACCCCCUGAAGAACAAUUGAAAAAUAUCUAUGAGCAGCAAUUGAAGAGAUUUUUAGAUACUCCGCUGAGUUUCAGAGGCAUAUCUGAUGAUGACACAGUGUUUAAAGAAAUAACAGAAAGGAAUGGCGAAGCUUUGAAAAAUGUGUCAAAGCACACUAAUGAGCUUUUUGAUCAAUUGAGGAAGGUGAUAGAACACUGGAAAUCUUGGAUUCAGUUAGAGUCACUUGACAUUACGAAAUUGACGAGCUGGCAACAUUGGGAUAUUCAUUUCAGAGCUUCGAAAACUUUCGGACAAGAAACUGCUAAGUUGUCCAGUACCGAAGAACGAGUGGGUUGCUUCGUCAUCAGUCUAUCUCGACUGAGAUCGGAUUUAGAGUCGCAUAAUCGCAGCUACUGGGAUCAACUGAUCUACUCUUUGAAAGAUUCCAUAGCUCAGGACGUAGUAAAGCUUCAGGAUUACAUCAAUCAUUCCACGUCAGCUCUAACAAGACAACCUUUGACCAUCGAGGAAAUCGGGGAAUCUGGGGCUGUCCAUAAGAAUAUUCUAGAAGAAGCACCAAUGGUGGGUUGA